UUCGUCCAGUGACUCUUUACUUUACCAAGUCUUCAAACCAAACCAUUCAAACAGAUUUAGAGGUUCGAUUCAACUUCACUUUCACUCCAGACAGAUGGGUCUUCUUGGAUUUCUUCAAAUUCUUCUCAAUUAUUUUCUACAUGAUCUUGCAUGGCCUCUACUUGCUUUGGUCUAUCCUUUAUAUUGUUCUGUUAAGGCAAUUGAGAUUAAAUCCUUGGCAGAUUCUCAAAAGUUGAAUGCUUACUGGAUUGUCCUCUCUUUGAUUUUGCUUCUUGAACUUGCUGUAGGAACCCUCCUCGAAAGGUUACCAUUUUGGACAUACAUUAGGCUAGUGAUUGUUUGUUGGCUGGUGAUACCUCACUUUGAUGCUGCCUUUUAUGUCUAUAAACACCUUCUCCACCCUUGCUUCUCCAUCAAGCCUCAAAUUCUCAUUAACUGCUCCGACAAACAGAGAGAGUCUCCGCUCGUCGGCGAAAACAAAAAUCAAGCUGAGAUAAAGACAAAUGCAAGAGAGAAUGGAUCUGAAGUUCUUGAGAACAUUGGUAGCAAAUCAAACAGGACAAGUUCUGAUGUUGCAGUGAAAGAUGUGAAAUCUGCAGAGGCAAUAAAGGAGGAGGAAAUUACAUCAGCUAAGCAAUUAAGGCAAGCUAAGCCGACUCAUCUUCCAAUAGAGAACAAGAACUUUGUAGCCGCAGAGAUUAAACAAAGGGUUGUUCAUGCUGCAGUUAGAGACUUUCCUGAGACGUCUGCUUCUAAUGUAGUCCACAACAAGUGGACUUGCUUGAUAUGUAAGGUAACAACUGAAACUGAGAAAAAUAAAAUUUCCCAUCUUAAAGGGAAAAAACACAAAGCUGCAUAUGAGGCACUGAAAGCAAAUAACAUGACAUCUUUGCUCAAGGCUGCCCCACCUCCGAUUCCGAAGAAACCUGGCAACGUUUUGAAACAGAAAGCAACUGCAAGCAGUCAGUUCAGUGAUAAGAACAAAGAGGAGCCAGAGAAUAGCACUUCUGGCAGAAGUCGUCGCGGUAGAAGGAAAAAUAAACUUGGUAUGGAACAUGGGGAAGAUGGGAAAGGCACUGAAAACAGUAAGCCAUAUAAAGUACCUACUAAGGUGAAACAUCGUUUGAAGUGUACCAUCUGUAAUGUGGAGUGCAGUGGUUCAAUUUCCAUGCAAUCCCAUCUUAGAGGAAGAAUGCACCGAGCUCAACUAGGGUUAUCAAAACGAGUUUAGCUAUAUGAAGCUGUUAAAAUCAGUACAAAAUCUUCCUUUCCCUUGAGCAACUUGUAGGACAUAUGAUUCAGUUUGAUUUAGUAAUUUUUCAUCUUA